CGCGAGGAGCUGUCAGUCAGGGAAGAGCCCCAUCCCAGGGUGAUGUCAGCGGAUCAGCUGCUCUAUAACAAAGCGCGGAGAAGCCAGCGUGCGAGUGGCCCAGGCCCUCGGGCAAAGCGAGCUUCGAGGGGAGAGCGGGUGAACCGGGCGGGUCUCCUCAGGCUGGACGAGGCGGAAGCGUGACUGGCUCCAGGGCACACCUACCCAAAGCAAGGCGCUGCGGCCGAGCAGGCGGACUAAUUUGCGCUCGGCGGGCUGAGCUAUGGAUAGUGACGAGGAGACGCUGGAAGAGACCGUCGAGGGACACAUCACUGUUUACUGUAUUCAAUCAUCUAUGAACACACUCUAGCUUAUAUUAGGUUUAUUCAUGGGAUACAGACUUGUUGGGAACAUGCAGAUAUAAAAUAACGAAGUUUUCAAAUAUAUCACCCAUGGUUUAUUGGGAGUGUGUCUGAGUUAUUUCAUUUGCUUGGCAUAAGAGUCAUUUUACAUCAAUGAACUAGGAACACUUGAUGAUGACGAUAUGCCCCAUGGGUUUUGUAUAGUCACAUAUUCUUCCACAGACAGAUUUGAAGGGAACUUUGUGCAUGGAGAAAAGAAUGGUCAUGGAAAAUUCUUCUUCUUUGAUGGAAGCACUCUAGAAGGCUUUUAUGUUGAUGAUAGUCUGCAAGGCCAGGGAAUAUACACCUAUGAGGAUGGAGGCACACUUCAUGGGACUUACAUUGAUGGUGAACUGAAUGGGCCAGCUCAGGAAUAUGAUGCUGAUGGACGAUUGGUCUUCAAAGGGCAAUACAAAGAUAAUAUUCGGCAUGGAUUUGGUUGGAUUUACUAUUCAGAUGGUGGGUUUCUGGCUGGAGAAGUUAAUGAAGAAGGAGAGAUGACUGGAGAAAAGCUGGCCUAUGUGUACCCUGAUGGAAAGACGGCAUAUUAUGGACACUUCAUAGAUGGUGAAAUGAUAGAAGCAAGACUGGCAAAGGUUAUACUGGCAGAGGAAGAAAAACUACAAUUUGAUAUUGUGCCAGGCAGCCCAGUUUACAGUUUUGAUAAAUCUACUUCAUCCUGCAUUUCUACAAGUCCACUUCUUCCUGACUGUUAUGAAUCAGAGAGGGUCUAUGUUGAUGCGUCUCUUAUUUCCAAUGCUGGAGAAGGUUUAUUUACUAAAAUAGCUGCUGAAGCUGGCACAGUUUUAUCUUUUUACAAUGGCAUACGAAUUACACAUCAAGAGGUGGACAGCAGGGACUGGUCUUUGAAUGGAAAUACAAUAUCCCUUGAUGAUGAAACAGUCAUAGAUGUACCGGAACCUUACAGCCAUGUAACCAAAUACUGUGCCUCUUUGGGGCACAAGGCAAACCAUUCAUUCACUCCAAAUUCUGUUUAUGACUCGUUUGUUCACCCUCGCUUUGGACUGAUUAAAUGUAUUCGCACAAUUCAAGCAGUGGAGAAGGAUGAAGAACUAACAGUGGCUUAUGGCUAUGAUGACAGUUCCACUGGACAAAAUGGGCCAGAAGCACCAGAGUGGUAUCUGGCAGAACUAAGAGCCUUCCAAGCUUCCCUGAAAAAAUGAAAUGCAAGCAGUUUCCCUGUUCAGUACAUUGAAUCUAUGCACUAUCUUUGAUGCUGGAAUCGGGAGAGCCAGUGGGUUGAUCAUGCUGUGAUUCUUCAAUACUUUCCCCUCUAUUAGAAAGAGGGGGAGCCUUUUUUGUUUUUGUUCCUUGCAGACGAAUAUGUUUUAGCCACUCCUUUAAAAUAAUCUUUACAUUUUAGCUAAUAGUGCUAAAUGAAUUAUUUAAUAUGCUACCCAAGGAAGUGUGGCUUUUUUUUUUGUUUUGGCAAUUACUGUAGUCUGCAUCAGCAACUGUCAAAAUAUAGAAAGAGAGCAUUUUUAAAACCAAGUUUUUAUCUGUACCUUGGUUUCCUUGAUUCUGUGCAACUACAUUUUGUAUUUGCCAUAUUGUGAUGAUAAUAGAAUUGUGCUAAGUUUAGUAUUCUAGAAAAGCAGUAUAAUUUCAGAAUACUGCUUUAGGGCCUUUUCUGUUUUGGUGCACAACAGUCCUCUCUUUACAUUAUCUUCUUAAAGUCAGCACAAAAGUUUAAAUUAAUUGUUACGUAUCAGUUUUUUAAGGUUCUGAGGAUAAAAUAAAUGUGCCUGAAAGACCAGAGCUGCUAUAAUUUUAAUCAUGAUGAUCACAUUUGAGUGAAUUCUACUUGUGCAUAUGAGCUUUUUCUACUGCUUGUUUUUGGUUUCUUACACUGGAGAGCAUAAUGUCAGUUUGUAUAGAACAAAUUAAUCAAGGAUAUACCAAGAAAUUCCUUGUUUGCUAAAUUUAUCUGUCUUUUUCUUGCCUUUAAUUGGUAACUUGCAGAAUCCUGGGAGCUACCAAUACUCAUCAAAGACAGAUUUCUGUAGAGCUAGGAAAGUAGUUAGAGAAAUCUGACAUUGCAAACCUUUUUUUGAAAAAAAACUGCCGAGUAAUUCAGAGAGUUAAAUGGAAAACUCAAAUUUUUUACUAGCAAGCGAAUUAUACUUACGAUUGUCAAAUAGUUUUAUGGGUAUCAUGAAAGCACAUUUUACUAAUUCUAACUAACAUUUAAUAAUAUUGUGACAAAAAUAGUAAACUUUCAGGGGUCUGAUAGCCAGUUACUGGCAUUUCCUAAACAGAUUUUUAAAUAUGUGCAAUAUAUACUUGCAGAAUAUUUGCUCUGUAUUAUACAAGUAGAAAUGUCUAUUUGCAAUGUGUUUAUUUAUUUUAAAAUAAAUACCACUGAACCCAGUGGGACCUUCUUCAAAUGUGGAGGGUUGCAUUGCUAGUUUCUUAUGCAGAAAAAGGACUUUGAAUAUGAUCCUUAUCAACAGACUGGUGAUUCUGUUGAUGAAACUGAUUUGCUUAUUUCACUCUUUUAAAUAUGUAAUACUGUAGUUCCUAAUUACAGUCUUUAUACCAUGCACAUUUUAAUUUUCAGUUUAAAAAGAGCCAUUUUAUUGCCAAAAUAGUUUAUGUAAUUUAUGUAUCAAUUUUGAACUAUUGUUCAGAUUAUAAAUUAGCAUUACAAUAAUAAACUACUAUUUUACUGUAAGUAACAAAGCUAGAACCUACAUAUUGCAAUUUCAUAAGGAUUUAAAUCUAGGAUACUCCAUAGAGUAGAAUACAUAUAGAAACUGGUCAUGUAAAAAUGUAAAGAAAAAUGUUCCUAAACAUUUUAUUUACCAAGGGAAAAUCUGUAACACCUGUAUUUAAGCGCAGAGAGAAAUAUGGGCCAUAAGAUUUGGGUUGGCAGUAGAAAUAGAUUUGUUAUUUGAUUUAAGCUGCAUCUCUUCCUUUGUCCCAUAUACCAUUACAUCGAUGAAGUGGCAUUGUCCUAAAGAGACUCAGUGCAUACUCAUGCUUCUUGGACCCUUGGCUCCUGCCUGUGGCAGCUCUGACUAGUAGGCCCUUUGCACACUUUGGGUGUUGACAGUCAUUCAUGCUUUUGUGACCUCCUCUUAUCUGAUUACUCUACAUGGGACUGCCUUUGAAGAGCACUUGGAAACUUCAACUGGUGGAGCAUGCAGCUGCACAAGUGGUAAAUGGUAUCAGAUAUUGGACACAUAUAACACCAUUGCUUCGUGAGCUGUGUUAGUUGUCAGUGUGUUUCCAGAUGCAAUUCAAGAAUGCUAAAUUUAGAGUUUAUUAUUAAGAAUUCAGUCCUUUAUAUGUUUAUCUGAAGGGAAGUUUUACUAACUUUUUUUUACAAAACUGCAUUUGAUUUCUAUGUCAAGGGAAUAAUGGACAUUUUAAAUGGACAUUGAUAACAUCACCUUGAUAUCCACAGAGUUCAGUCCGCAGCAAAGACUUCUUUAUUGUUCCAUAACAUUGUUUCAUAUCCUAAAAGCAAUCUUAUAGUACUAAUGAAGCCAAGCAAUUAACCCAGAAAGUGCAUGCCCAACAUUUGCCAUCCAUAGACGAUUUAAAAUUGGCACAAGACAGCAAUUAUUGGGGAUUGUUGGCAAAUAACUAUCCAUGAAUUGAGAAGUAUUUGAAAAUUGAUUCAUGGGAUCACUACCUUCAUGAAUGAUAACAUGUAGACAUUCUUUUGUCAUGCUUUAUUUAUUUUUUUAUUUAUUUAUGAGACUUAUAUACCGCUUAUGCUGUGUGCUUGCAAGGGGUGCAGAAUCAAACCCAAUCCUGACAAGCAAUCACAAUUACUGUAUGCUGUGAACCUUUAAAACUACAAAGGAUGGUAGUGAAAUGGAUUUGUCAUUUUUAAAACACUUUGUGGUUAACACUUUUGGAAUACAUUAAAAUGGUUUCACUUUUUUAUUUUAGAUAUUUGCCAUUGUACAUUAUAUUCUAAUUUAGAUUUCAACAUGUUCAUUACAUUCUAAUUCACAUAGUCCCUGCAGUGAUUUAUAGUGAUCAAAAUUAUUUAGUGUAUGCUCUUCUAUCUACUACUACUACUGAGUUCAACAGAAGUUAUUUGCAGUUGAAUUUCCCCAAACGUGUAGCCAUUUUCAUUUGUUCAAAAUGCCCAUCUUAUCUAGUGAUGCUAACUAGAAAUCCUAGGUACUAAGUAUCAAAAAUAAAGAAGCUAACAGAUGGUAAAGCUGAUGCAUUGUGAGCUUAUUUGCAUAAAAUUUGCAUCUAUUGAAGUAAAAGUACCCUAUCUUUAUUCAGUUUUAAUGGGGGAACUAUCAUUUUUUAAAGUUUCAAACUAUACAAUUAUAUCCAGAACACUUGCAUAUUCAAUAUUGAAAUACUUAUCUUUCAUCCAGAAACAAACUCCUGCUUUACAUAAUUGUCACAGGGAAGUCUCAUCAAUUCAGAGGGACUCCAUAUUUUAAUUGAAUAUUUAAUAAUAGUUAAUAAAAUGGGCAUAUGUUUCAAUUAAAAAUCUGACUGAUAAAGGAGAAUAUUUGUAGCUUGGGGCUGAAAUGAGGGCUCCUUGGUGAUCUCUGAGCUUUGUUGUUUUCUUGAAGAUGUUUCAUUACCCAAACUAGGUAAUAUCAUCAGUGCACAUCAGCUCACCAAAAAUAAAGUUACGUAGUUUGGGUAAUGAAAUGUCUGCAAGAAAACAACCGAACUCAGAGAGCACCAAAGACUCCUCAAAAACCUGAUUAGAUUUUUUUAAAAUUUGUAUUUUCUCUACUGCUUUUUUUCUGUCUUUGAACUUUCUGUGGAACUUCCCUACUGUAACUCAUGUAAGCUUCUUGCAGAAAUCUACUUCCUUGAAUUAGAAAAAAAAUCUCCUUAGCCUAGUGCAGGGGUAGGCAACCUUGGCUCUUUUAUGACUCGUGGACGAGUCAUAAAAGAGCCAAGGUUGCCUACCCCUGGCCUAGUGGAAUGACGUCUUUGGUCCUCAGAUGAGACUUAUUUUGUGUUGGGUUAGGUCUGUGUAUUUACAAAACUUUCAAUAAUAUAUUAAAUAUUACUCAGUGACCUAAAACAACUACUUUAUUAAGGUGAAGAGCCUUAAUGACAUCCAUAGGUAUUACUUAUGAUUUCUAAAACUCUGGGUAAAAGAAAAAAUAAUUGUACUUUAUUUAUAGACUUUGUUUACUAUACACUGAACACAUUGUGAAAGAAAUAGAAAAAUGUCUCUGAGGGAAAAUUGCUUUAUUCUGCAUUGUGAAAAUAAAGUAUUAUAUGAAUUGUUGUGACA